CCUCCCCGCUGGCAGCGCCCAACUUCACAUCUUCCUCUUUCUCCUCAAAUUGAUGAUGAGAGCUGAACCAGCUUCUUCAAGAAUAACCCACUCGUCUGCCCUACUCUAAGGGUGUACUUUCGCUAUUUGCCUCCUUUUUUAUUAUGAUUUGAUAUACUAGCGCUCACCAUGUCUCUGUACUUUGGUUUCCUCCGAAUCCUCCCCUUCCUUCUCUCUCUCCUUUUCGCCGCUUCAGUCGCGUCGGAACAUACAUCGAACUGGGCUGUCCUUGUUUCUACUUCCCGCUUCUGGUUUAAUUAUCGCCAUCUCGCAAAUGUCCUCUCCCUGUACCGAACCGUCAAGCGCCUCGGGAUCCCCGACUCGCAAAUCAUCCUCAUGCUUCCCGAUGAUAUGGCUUGCAACCCCCGAAAUGCCUUCCCAGGAACAGUAUACAGUAACGCGGAUCGCGCAGUUGAUCUCUACGGUGACAAUAUUGAGGUUGACUAUCGAGGCUACGAGGUCACCGUGGAGAACUUUAUCCGCCUCCUGACCGAUCGACUGGACGAGGAUGUACCGCGCAGCAAACGUCUGGGAUCGGAUGCCGGAAGUAACGUGCUUGUGUAUAUGACUGGACACGGUGGGGACCAGUUUCUUAAGUUCCAGGACUCUGAGGAAAUCGGGGCCUGGGAUCUCGCGGAUGCGUUCGGCCAGAUGUGGGAGAAGAAGCGCUACCACGAAUUAUUGUUCAUGAUCGAUACCUGUCAGGCCAAUACGAUGUAUACUCAUUUUUACUCGCCGAAUAUUAUUGCGACAGGGUCAAGCGAACUCGAUCAGUCUUCCUACUCCCACCAUGCGGACAACGAUGUGGGUGUCGCGGUCAUUGAUCGGUGGACAUAUUAUGUGCUUGAAUUUCUAGAAAACCAGGUCACGAGCGUCAACUCGAAGCAGACCCUGGGAGACUUAUUUGAUUCGUAUGACGAGACAAAGAUACACUCUAACCCGGGAGUGCGAUGGGAUUUGUUCCCGGGCGGCGAGCAUGAGGGACGACUACGGACGGUGGUCGAUUUCUUCGGGAAUGUCCAGAAUGUGGAGGUAGAGAACACCGAAGCGAACGAACCCGGCUCGCUACAGGAGGAUCUGGUUGAGCUCGCGCGCCUUGUUGAAAAGUGGCGCACACUAUCUCAAGACUAUGCGGCCGCAGGCAAUGACUCGACCCAGCAGGCUAGUGCCGGCGGAUCGUCGUCUUCUCCGGAUUCCGAGACAUCGUCCUCGUACGAGAUCAAGCGCAGGAAUUUUGGAGCUGCGAAAUUGGCCGAAGAGACACCCUGGGAGAAGCGAUUGGUCGGGCUGUCGAUUUUGGGAGCGUGUGCUGCUGUCUGGUUUACCGGAUCGGUCUUAAGCGGGACCUUGGCCUGAUUCCGGUAGUUAUUUGUUGAUUCUAUUGUUAAUAUCCCUGGGUACUAGAAAUUCAUAUGCUUCUUCCUGCUGUCUCAUACCGACCGAUGGUUGAAUCGAUAGCGUUUCGUCCGUUGACUGUGGGACUACAUUCUGGCAUUUGUACAAGAGGAAUACAGGGGUGGGAUGAUUCCUUAGAACAGGGACAGUUGAUCCACGUAAAAUGAAACAUGAGAGCAAUAAAGGAAUGAAAGAUGCAUGCCUAGGGGAGUCGUUACUCUGAGUUACUAAGGAUCCACAGAAUAACUAUGAUGCA